AUGGGAGGCCAAGUAAAGACAGAAACAAUAGUGGAAGCUGUAUCAAUCGAUGGACGGGAAAAGGAUGCGGAUGUAGUAACAGAUGGUGAAAUUAAGUACAAUGAUAUUCCAUGGUACAAGGUUCCUCACUUGAGGUACCUUAAUUUCUGUAUUUUCUUGAUUUCUUUGACAUCAACUAACAAUGGAUAUGAUGGCUCUAUGUUAAAUGGGUUGCAAUCAUUAUCGUUUUGGCAGGACUCUAUGGGACACCCCACAGGGUAUAUUCUAGGUGCAUUAUCUAACGGUACUAUUUUUGGUAGUCUUUUGACUAUAUGGUUUGGUCCUUAUAUUAGUGACAGAUUUGGAAGAAGAUUUGGUAUUGUGGUUGGUCAGACCUUAACUGUGGUGGGUGCUAUAUUGCAGGGUGCUUCUACUAAUUAUGCAUUCUUCUUAAUUUCAAGAAUGAUUAUAGGUUUUGGUAGUUGUACUGCAACGAUCUCCUCCCCUUCCUUGAUCUCGGAGAUUGCAUAUCCAACCCAUAGACAAGUCGCAACCACAUUCUACAAUACUUGCUGGUACCUUGGUGCUGUAAUUGCUGCAUGGGUUACCUACGGCACGAGGGUCAUUGAUAACGAAUAUUGCUGGAGAAUUCCUUCGUAUUUACAAGGAGCAUUAGCCGUUGUUCAGCUCGCAUUAUUCUGGAUGGUUCCAGAGUCGCCAAGAUACUUAAUUAAUAAGGGUAAAAUUGAACAAGCUGAAGCCAUCUUAAUGAAGCACCACGUAGGGAAUGCACAAGAUCCAGAGUCUAUUGCAUUAGUUAAAUUUGAAGUUCAAGAAAUUCGUGCUGCUCUUGAAAUGGAAAAGAUUUCUGCUCACACUCGCUACACUGAUUUCUUCAAGACACCUGCCAACCGUAAACGUUUAUUCAUCUGUAUUUUGGUGCCAACAAUUAUGCAACUUUCAGGUAAUGGUUUAGUGUCGUAUUAUUUAAACUUGGUUUUGAACUCUAUUGGUAUCACUGGUGAAACUGACCAAUUAGAGAUUAAUGGUGGAUUGAUGGUUUAUAAUAUGGUAACUGCCAUGUCUGUUGCAGUGGUUGUUAAUAGGUUCAGAAGAAGAACCUUGUUCUUAACAUCGAUUUCAUUCAUGUUAGUCAGUUAUGUUAUUUGGACAAUAUUAUCAGCAAUUAACCAGCAACGUGGUUUUGAAGAAAAAUCGCUAGGUAAUGGUGUACUUGCAAUGAUUUUCUUCUUUUACUUGGCCUAUAAUAUCGGUGCUAAUGGUUUGCCUUACUUGUAUUUAACUGAAAUUUUACCAUAUAAUCAAAGAGCGAAGGGUAUUAAUAUCAUGCAAGUUACAAAUAACAUCGUGUUGAUCUACAAUGGGUUUGUCAAUCCAAUUGCCAUGGAUGCUAUUGAAUGGAAGUACUACAUUGUCUACUGUUGCAUUCUCGUGGUUGAACUAAUUCUUGUAUUCUUUUUCUUUCCUGAAACAUCUGGAUACACUUUGGAAGAAGUUUGCAAAGUUUUUGGUGAUGAACCACCUGAAUUAGUUGCCAUCGCUGAACCAAAAUCCAAAAUUUCUUUUGAUCAUAUCGAAAAUGUUUAA